AAAAUCAGACCAAAAGAACAACCACCCGCACCAAACAACCACCUACCUCCGCCGUCUACUUCCCUUUCCGCGCAAAACAUCCAACCACCACAUCACCCACCGCCGCUACCAUAAGCUACCCAUCAGGGACUCCGCGAAAAUGGAAACUCAAGCUCCUUCUACUUCGACUCCAGCCCAAUCGCCCUCAUCGCCGCCGCCGCCGCCGCAGCAGUCACUGCCACCAUCGGUCCUCGAUCGGCCGCCGGGGGUUUCUGAAAUGGAGGCGCAAGAUCGUUUUUCGGAAGACUCUUCAUCUGUUUGGGACCUAGAUUGCCUGUUAGAUUUCAGCUUGGAUGAGAAUUUAGCUCUCUCCUUAGACGACUAUCAUCCUAAUUCAGAGGUUCCUCAAAGUCUGGAGCCUCCUUCUCAAGAGAUUCCUAGUUCCGAGAAGGUUCGCAAGCGAGACCCCAGGUUGAUUUGUUCCAAUUACCUGGCCGGUCGGGUCCCGUGUGCAUGCCCGGAGCUUGAUGCUAAGCUUGAGGAAGAAGGUUUUCCUGGUAAGAAGCGCGCUCGCACCGUGCGGGUAUCGGCUGGGAUUGCACGGUGCCAGGUACCUGGGUGUGAGGCAGAUAUUAGUGAGCUCAAAGGGUAUCAUCGGAGGCACAGGGUUUGUUUGCGUUGCGCGAAUGCUAGUACGGUUAUGCUUGAUGGAGAGGCCAAGAGAUACUGCCAACAGUGUGGAAAGUUUCACAUAUUAUCAGAUUUUGAUGAAGGUAAACGAAGCUGUAGAAGAAAAUUAGAGCGCCACAACAACCGAAGGCGUAGAAAACCAACAGAAACCAGGGCUGCAGAAGAUCAUGAAGUUCAACCUGUCAAACAGACUGAGGAUGAUGUGGGAAAAGAUAGUUCGCAUAUAAGCAGUGAGAUAAAUGACAUAGAAAUUGCCCUGGAGCAUGAAGACGGACAGCUUACUGCGCCAUCUUCGGCUCCUGAUACCCUGAACAUUAAAAAUGAUAGUUUUGGGUCCUUUGUUGCUUGCGGUGAAACACAAGUGAAUGGUGGAAAAGAGAAUUCUAACAUUUCUUAUUCACCAUCGUAUUGUGUAAAGAGUGCUUACUCGUCUAUGGUCGGGUAUCUUUUAAGCUUUAUGAUUGGAAUCCUGCGGAGUUUCCUAGAAGGCUACGGCAUCAAGUAUAUUAAAGCAUUGUUAUUACAGAUAUUCCAGUGGUUGGCCAGUAUGCCUGUUGAGCUGGAGGGUUAUAUCCGGCCCGGGUGCACAAUUCUGACAGUUUUUGUUACUAUGCCUAAAUUUAUGUGGACAAGUUUACUUGAAGACCCUCAGUAUUAUGUGCAAGACAUAGUAGCUCCAGGAAAGAUGCUAUGUGGAAGAGGCACCAUAUUUGUUCAUCUAAAUGACAUGGUCUUCUGCGUUUUGAAAGAUAAAACUACUGUGAUGGAAGUUCAGAUAAAGGUGCAUGCACCAAGGCUUCACUAUGUUCAUCCCACAUACUUUGAGGCUGGAAAACCUAUGGAAUUUGUUGCUUGUGGAAGUAACUUGCUACAGCCUAAGUUUCGGCUUCUGGUGUCUUUUUCAGGAAAGUAUUUAAAGUAUGAAUAUUGUGUUGCAUCUCCUCAUAACUGGGCAGGAGAUGGCAUUUCCUGUGCUUUUGACAAUCAGUUGUACAAGAUUUGUGUCCCACAUACAGAGCCAAACAUAUUUGGACCUGCAUUUAUUGAGGUGGAGAACGAGUCUGGUCUCUCAAACUUCAUUCCUGUGCUCAUUGGGGACGCAGAAACCUGCUCUGAAUUGGAGACAAUGCAGCAAAAACUAGACAUGUCUCUUCUUUCGAAACAAAUGCAGGCUGCGUCUGGCAGUUCUAUUUGCAGCUUCUGUGAAGCUUUUGCACUGAGACAUACAGCAUACUCAGACUUACUGUUAGAUAUAGCAUGGCUGCUUAAGGAUCCUACUUCAGAAGAUUUUCAGAGAGCCAUGACAGCUUCACAAAUUCAAAGAUUUUGUUAUUUGAUAGACUUUCUGAUGUGCAAUGAAUUAAUGGUCAUUUUGGAGAAAAUAUUACGGAAUUUGAAUAUUUUGACUGAAAGCAUGGAAAUGAACAAUGUGCUUAACAGAAUGAGUGAGGCUGACGUGACAUUAUUGCUGAAACACACAUGUCAAGCUAGAGAGUUCCUUUAUCAGAAACAUCAGAGGGGUGGAGAUUUAGUCUUGCACUCUGUUUCUUCUGAAAUGGAAGGCCGUAAAGUUGCUCCAAGCUGCUAUCAAGAUAACAUACCAUCAGUUGUCACUAUCAGCAAUCAGGGUGCCGAGUCAAGGGCAGAUGCUAAAUUGGGGGUGAGAAGUCCAAUCUGGGCUGACAAAAGUGAAAGGAUGCCUCUUUUGGGUAGUGAUAUUAUAAUGAACAUGGAAGAGUUGCCUCCUCCAUUUGGUUAUCGACAUCUUGCUAGGGGAUUCUUGUGCUCACGGCCGGCCAUUCUCAUGAUUGCUUCAGUUGCUGUGUGUCUUGGGGUUUGUGCUGCCCUCCUUCAUCCUGGGAGGGUUGGUGAGUUCGCAGUAUCCAUUAGAAGGUGCCUGUUCAGCAAUUCAUAGAUGGAUCAAAUUUUGCGGGUGGUUACUGGGUUGGUACAUAUUUGUUGUACACUAAACACAACAAAAAUAUGGUAUAGGGUUGUUAUCAUUAGUGAGUUAAUUUAGAUAGAAAUUAUAAGCUUAAUUUUGGGUUCUAAUUUGUGUCAUAUCACUUGAAUUGGACGGACGUUCAUGCCCGACAAGUGCUAAUUAAUUGUGAUCAUGACCACUUGAAUUCCAUGCAAUAAUGGGAAUUUAGUCAACUUCUUGUACAAUUCUUGCUAUAGUUUGGGAUUUAAUCCAUUCGAUUGGUAGCUUA